AUGGCAUACAAUCACCACACAAGGAAGAUGGAAAUAUUGAAUAGAAAGCUUGUAAAACCAUGCAUUCCAACUCCCCCAAAUCUCAAAACCUUCAAAUUGUCAUUUAUAGAUGAGAUUCUCCCACUUAUGGAAGUAGGAGUCCUUCUCUUCUACCCAUCCAAUCCCAAUCCAAUCCACUUGGAACAAUCACUAUCCAAAGUUCUACCCUCCUUCUACCCUCUAGCAGGAAGGUUUAACCUCAAAGACCAAAUCGUUGAUUGUAGCGACCAAGGCGCCGAAUUUGUCGAAGCCGAAGCUCCCGACACCGAACUCGCCACCCUCCUCACCGAGAGAGAUCACCAAAACCUCGAUGCUUUCCUCCCGCGCGAAAAAAAGCAAGUCGAGUUGCCUACUUAUCCAAUCCUGUCUAUUCAGGCCACACGCCUCAAGUGCGGUGGCCUCGUCGUGGGCGUCAGCAUCUCCCACAAGAUCUUCGACGCAUCUGCCCUGAGCACCUUCCUCCUCAAUUGGUCCAACACGAUCACUUCAAAUCCAGAAACAGAAGCGGCAGUCACCUUCGACGGCGCCACUCUGUUCCCCAACAGGAGCCAGAGCAGCGCCUCCUCAAGCGCUGCCAUCCGUUUCCUGGACUUGGAAAGGAUUUCAGUGAAAAGGUUUUCCUUCAGCAAGGAGGCCAUAGCGGCCCUGAAGCAACUCAACCAGAGGGUGUCCAGGGUCAACUUGGUGUGUGCCCUCAUAGCAAAAGCCCUGAUCGCCCUGGAUGGGGCCAAACACGGCCGGUCCAGGGGGUGUUUGAUUACCCAAGCGGUUAACAUGCGGGGGAGGACAGACCCUCCCCUGAGUAAAACCGCUUGUGGUAAUUUUGUCCUGCUGUCUCUGGCGCACUGCAGUGCGGGCGAGAUCCAGCAGGUGGCGGAUCUGCUGGGAGAGGUCGUCAGCAGAUCCGUGUCGGAGUGCGGUGGGAUACUGAGGAUGGAUGAGGAUAGGCGCAACGAGACGGUGGUGGGGCCGCUGAGGACUGCGGGGAGAACGUUCAUGAGUGGGGAGGAUAAUGUUCUGACGUUCACCGAUUACAGUAAGUUCGGAUUCUACGGAGUGGAUUUGGGAUGGGGGAAGCCGGUGUGGGCGAGCAUUGCGCCGCAUACGAUAGCGAACACGGUGGUUGUGAUGGGAAGCGGGGACGUAGAUGGGUUCGAGGCGUGGGUGCAUUUGGAGAAGAAGGACAUGGAAUUGUUUGAGCGGGACCAACAGAUUGCUACACUCUGUGCCAUCUAG